AUGUACCUGCUCGGCACCUUCAUCCUGCUCCUUGAAUACAUGGUGUUCUCUCAUUCAUUCAACUGGAAUUUUCAGCACCCCAAAGUCCUCUACUCCUGGGAGGGGGGCUGCAUCUGGAUUCCUUGCACCUAUCGUAUCCCAGGGAAUGGACACACAUUGGAAAAUCUGAUUGUGUACCACAACUACAUCUAUAAUGCCAGCAUAAAAGACUUCAUGGGCACCAUCCUCUAUAGCACCCUGAAGUCCCCUGAUCAAGGACAGACAGGGAAGUUUGGGGUUCAGCAGGAGCGGAUUCAGUUUCUGGGAGACAACCGAUCCAACUGCACCCUACGCAUCCACCCUGUGAGUGUCAAUGACAGCGGCAUUUUGGGGCUGAGAAUGAUUGCAGAAAACAACAAAUGGAUGGAGAAUGUCACCCUCAACAUCUCAGAAAUGGCUCCUCCACCUUCUAUUCAGCUCCCUACAAAAAUCCAAGAGUUCCAGAUGGCCAAACUGACUUGCUCACUGAACACCGCCUGCUUUGGCUACCAGAUAGAACUAAGGUGGUCCCUGGAAGGGCCUACCGACAACAAGAUAGAGCUGACCGACAAGAAGAUCCUCACCCAGAGCCAGCUAUCAUUCCAGCCCCAGUGGGAGCACCAUGGCAAGAAUGCCACCUGUCAGCUCUGGGAUCUUGAAAAGAACCAGUCGCUGUCCAAGACCUCGGUGACACUGGAUGUGAAGCACAAGCCAAAGUUGCACAUCAAGGUCAGUCCCCAAGAAACGAUGGUGAAAGAGGGGAUGCAUGUGACCAUGACUUGCCAGAUCAUCAGCAGCAACCCUGAGUAUCAGACAGUCUCCUGGCUCAAAGAUGGGAAGCCCUUGCCUAAGCAGCAGAUGCUGAGAGGACAGAAGGAGCUGACCCUGUUCCCCGUGACCAAAGACAUGCGUGGACAGUACCAGUGUGAAGCCAGAAAUGCCCUGGGAACUGGAAAAUCUGAGUCAGUGACCUUCCAAGUCCACUAUCCUCCAGAACCUUCCCAGGUUGAUAUCUCCCCCUUGCCAGUUGUGGAGGGAAGACCAGUACAGCUGACAUGCAUAUCAUCAGCCAGUCCUCCUCCAACCAACUUCAGCUGGUUUCACAAUGAACAAACCCUGCCAGUAACGACCCAGAAAUUUCAGAUCAACCAAGUCGGCCUCAAUCACGCUGGCACUUACUCUUGUCUGGCAGAAAAUUCUCUUGGUCGUGGAGAGGUUGACCAAGAAGCUGAUUUGGAUGUGCAUUAUCCCCCCAAGCAAGUGAUGACGGUGAUUCAGACCCCCACAAGGAUCCGAGAAGGAGACAAUGUGACUGUGUCCUGUCAAUACAAUUCCAGUAACCCCAAAGUGACCUACUAUAAAUGGGACUUCGAAAGACGCCAGAGAAGUUUAAACUCUAGGGAACUGAAGAUUUACAAUGUUGCCUGGGACCACAAGACAGUGGCCUGUGCAGCUUGUAACGAAUGGUGUUCAUGGUCCCCCACAGUCAACCUGCACGUCCAGUAUGCCCCCCGAGAUGUCACAGUGCAGUUCAGCUCCACUCGCCCGGUUCUCUUCGGGGCCAAGCUCGUGCUCAGGUGCAGCUUCUCCAGCAGCAGUCCUGCUACCGUGAGCUUCCUCUGGAAGAAGAACGGGAUCCUCCAGUGGCAGGAACAGGAGCUGCACUUCGACGCCAUCACACCCGAAGAUUCCGGCACGUACCACUGCGAGGUCAACAACUCCAUUGGCCGUACUCAGUCCCCGGCCCAGAUGGUCUCUGUGCUGUAUGCACCCCGGAGGCUGCGUGUGACCUUUAGCCCAAAGAGCAGCAUGGUAGAAGGGAAGAUGGUCGUGCUCAGGUGUGAGGGUGAGGCCAACCCCUCCAUCUACCACUAUGCCUGGUUUGACUGGAACAACCAGGAUCUUCACCAUUACGAGCAGACACUGAGAUUGGAGCCCGUAACAGUCCAGCACUCGGGAGCCUACUGGUGCCAGGGGAUCAACAAACUGGGCCAGAGUCGGUCGCCCCUCACCACCCUUACCGUACACUAUAGCUCAAAGACCAUCACCAAGCAUGUGGCCCUGGGACUGGCUGUGCUCCUGAUCACCUCCUUCCUGCUCUUCUGGGUUAUCAAGCUGCAGCAAAGGAAGAGAAUUCAGAGCCAGCAAGGCCUUCAGGAAAAUUCCAGUGGGCAGAGCUUCUUUGUGAGGAAUACGAAGGUCAGAGGGACUCCCCUGGCUGAAGGUCCCCCAUCCUUGGGCUGCUACAAUCCGGUGAUGGAGGAAGCCACCAGCUACGCUGUCCUGAACUUUCCCGACACACCGAGGACAGGGAAUUCGGGGACCUCAGGGACACAGCGGCCUUCCCCCAAUUGGACAGACACAGUCACCUACUCGGUGGUGCAGAAGCCGAAGUGCUUUUCUCAGGGUGACUACGAGAACUUGAGUCCAGAUGCUCUUGAAGAUGAGGGUCUGCAUUACUCGGAACUGGUUCGCUUUGGGGCCGGGGAGCGCUCCCCAGAGCCCGAGGCGGUGGAGUAUGUAACUCUCAAGCACUGA